AUGUCAAUCAAACGUAAGGCAGAAGAAGAAACGAGUAUUUCAAUUUGUAUACCAUCGAGUGUUAUAUCAUCCAAGAAUGCUUAUAAUUUAGAACAAAUAACUAAUAUUAUCUAUCAAAUUGCCAAAGCAGCUACGAUUUAUAAAAUCUCCGAAAUUAUUGUAUUUAAAGCACCAAAAGAAGAAGAAGAGGAAGAAGACGAUAAUAAAUCUAAAGAAAAGAGUAAAAAAAUUGUUUUUGAAGAAGAUGAUGAUACUAAUAAUAAAUCAUCUAUGAAUAACAAUACUCAAAAAGAACAGGAAGAAGAUAAUUCUACAUUACUUGCUGCUAGCUUGUUGCAAUUUUUCAUUACUCCACCAUAUUUAGUUAAAUCAAUGUUUUCACCACAUUUAAAUAAGAAAUUUUCCAAUAUUUUACCUAAAUUUAAAUAUGCAUUUAAAUUACCUAAAAUAACUACUAUUGAUAUGGAUAAGAAUUAUAAAGAAGGUAUGAUUAUUCCACGUGAAACACCACUUAUUAAAAAGAAAAAUAAAAAAGUUAAAGCUGAUCAUAAAAUCACUGUUAGUAAAUAUGUUAAUAUUGGAGAAUCAGAAGCUAUUAAAUUAGAUAUAAAACGUGAAAUUCCAAUUUAUUCAAGAGUAACAGUUGAUUUAAAAAAUAAAACAAUUGUAUCUGCUAAAAAAGCGUAUGGAAAUUCAGGUCAUAAAAAUGCUUUUGGUUAUCAUGUAAGAAUGAUAGAUGAUGGUGAUUUUAAUAAAGUUUUCAUUCAAUCUUCAAUUCCUGAUGGUUAUUCAAAUACUAUUUAUGUCAAUUGUAACGAUUAUUUUGGUAAUAAUAAAAUUGACCUACCGGAAAUUAAUGAAAUUAAAGGCAAUAUCUUAGUUGUUUUGGGUAAUUUGAAAGAUUAUCAACCAGAUGUUCAUCAAUUAUUCGAUAAUAAAUUAACUAUUCCUUCAGGUUGUAAAGUUGAAGAUGCAGUUAUGAUCGCAUUAACUAAACUCGCGUGA